AUGGUAACAUUUACCGGGAUAAACAUUUUGGUGAUGUCUAACAGUUUCGCUGUCUUCCCCUACAACAGCGGUUCUCAACCUCGCUUCGAUACCCACCCCGAGCUACGGAAACCCAAGGAGGACUACCUGGCUCAGCAAACACCACUUCCAAGAGGUGGGGCUUGGGAGAGGCGGGCCCGGACGUCCCAGCGCGAGAACACGCCCCGACGCAUGCGUCCUUCUCAGCCGGAUGAUGCUGUCAGUAUAGAAAGUGGAACAAACACUGAACGCCCUGAUACACCUACAAAUACACCAAAUGCACCUGGAAGGAAAAGCUGGGGGAAGGGGAAAUGGAAGUCCAAGAAGUGCAAAUAUUCUUUCAAAUGUGUAAAUAGUCUCAAGGUUACUUUAUAUGAAUGUCACUCACAAGGAGAAAUCCGGCUAUUGCAAUCCUAUGUGGAUGCUGAUGCUGAUGAAAACUUUUACACUUGUGCAUGGACAUACGAUAGCAAUACAAGCCAUCCUCUGCUGGCUGUGGCUGGAUCUAGAGGCAUAAUCAGGAUAAUUAAUCCCAUAACAAUGCAGUGCAUUAAGCACUAUGUUGGGCAUGGAAAUGCUAUCAAUGAGCUGAAAUUCCACCCAAGAGACCCAAAUCUUCUCCUGUCAGUCAGUAAAGAUCAUGCUUUACGAUUAUGGAAUAUCCAAACGGACACUCUGGUGGCAAUAUUUGGAGGUGUCGAAGGGCACAGAGAUGAAGUUCUAAGUGCUGAUUAUGAUCUUUUGGGUGAAAAAAUAAUGUCCUGUGGUAUGGAUCACUCUCUUAAACUUUGGAGGAUUAAUUCAAAGAGAAUGAUUAAUGCAAUUAAGGACUCCUAUGAUUAUAACCCAAAUAAAACUAACAGGCCAUUUAUUUCUCAGAAAAUUCACUUUCCUGACUUUUCUACCAGAGACAUACAUAGGAAUUAUGUUGAUUGUGUACGAUGGUUAGGUGAUUUGAUACUUUCCAAGAGUGGCCGUGCCAUUUUACAUUCCCACCAGAAAUGUAUGAAAGAUCGAGUGUCUCGGAAGCUUCGCCGGCAUUUGUCUUGUGAAAAUGCCAUUGUGUGCUGGAAACCUGGCAAAAUGGAAGAUGAUAUAGACAAAAUUAAGCCCAGUGAGUCUAAUGUGACUAUUCUUGGGCGAUUUGAUUACAGCCAGUGUGACAUUUGGUACAUGAGAUUUUCUAUGGAUUUCUGGCAAAAGAUGCUUGCAUUGGGCAAUCAGGUUGGCAAACUUUAUGUUUGGGAUUUAGAAGUAGAAGAUCCUCAUAAAGCCAAAUGUACAACACUGACUCAUCAAAAAUGUGCUACUGCUAUUCGACAAACCAGUUUUAGCAGGGAUAGCAGCAUUCUCAUAGCUGUUUGUGAUGAUGCCAGUAUUUGGCGAUGGGACCGACUUCGAUGAAAUAUUGUUCCUAAUCAAAUUAGAGUGUGUUUUCUGUGUAUAGUAGAAUUAAUGUAACUUGCUAGUAAGGGCACAUAGAGCAUUUAGAGUUGUCUUUCAGCAUUCAAUCAGGCUGAGCUGAAUGUAGUGAUGUUUACAUUGUUUACACUCUUUGUACUGUCUCCUGCUCAGACUCUACUGCUUUUAAUAAAAAUUUAUUUUUAUAAA